AUGCGGUCGGCUUUCUCCCUUCUCGCCUUGUGGGCCACCACAGGCCUCGCCGCGCUGACCCGGGUCACCAACUUCGGCGCCAACCCGAGUGACAUUCAGAUGUACAUCUACGUUCCUGCCCAGGUGGCGGCCAAGCCCGCUGUGAUCGUUGCCCUCCACCCGUGCGGCGGCUCCGCAACCCAAUGGUACGCGGGCACCCGGCUGCCGUCCUACGCGGACAAGAACGGCUUCAUCCUGAUCUACCCCGGCACGACCCACAUGAGCAACUGCUGGGACGUGCAGAACAAGGACAGCCUGACCCACGGCGCCGGCGGCGACGCGGGCGGCAUCAUCAGCAUGGUCAACUACACGCUGGAGAAGUACAACGGCGACCCGACCAAGGUCUACGUCAUGGGCUCCUCUUCGGGCGCCAUGAUGACCAACGUUCUGGCCGGUUCCUACCCGGACGUCUUCGAGGCCGGCGCCGCCUUCUCCGGCGUGGCCUUCGCCUGCUUCGCCGGCGCGCCGUCGGCCACGCCCUUCUCCCCGAACCAGACCUGCGCCCAGGGCCUGCAGCACACGCCUGAGGAGUGGGGCAACUUUGUCCGCAACGCCUACCCCGGGUACACGGGCAAGCGGCCGCGCAUGCAGAUCUACCACGGACUGGCUGACGGGCUCGUGCGCCCCCAGUGCGCCACCGAGGCGCUGAAGCAGUGGUCCAACGUCCUCGAUGUUACUCUGGCCAAGAAUGUCACCGGUGUCCCUUCGGCCGCGUACACGCAGAUGAUCUACGGCGACGGCUCCAAGCUGCAGGGCUUCUUUGGCCAGGGUGUCGGUCACACUGCGCCGGUUCAGGAGGAGCGCAUCCUGAGGUUCUUCGGCAUUCUCAGUGGUUCUAUUGUAUAG